AUGAUUUCAAUACAACCCGCCAAAAGGAAGAAGCCUAACUCGAGAAAAGAACCCAAAAACUCCGACAAUCGGCUAGCUGGACCCUCCGCCGAACUAGACACCUUACCCGACCUGGCCGCCCCCAGAACAGCAACCGAAACAACACCCUCAAACCCCGCUGACCCAAAGCACCGCUCUCAGCCCAACACCCGGCCAAGCUGCCCUCUCCAACCAAAACCCACAAAUUUUCAACACCGGGCAACAGAAGCAACCCGGGGAAAGUGGGCCCACCCUACCCCACCAACUCACCGAAGAAGGCCGGAGUCAGCAGAUUUCCCAGGCCUUGGUAGCCUCCGAAACCUCAACCGCCGAGUAGACAACAGGAGAGCGCAACGAGAUUCUACAGAGGGUCGCCGACUCCAGACGAGGAGAUUUGCUCGGUCCGGUCAGCGCCGAAGCGCCGCUACAUAA